AUGGUUGUCAAGCCUUUAAGCGCACAUAUCUUGCAACACUGCUCGUAUCUUUCCAAGAGUUUCAAAGAAUUUGUAGAAAAAGAAUGUUCUGCGGCUAAACGGGCUGUAGAUGCGCUAGAAGCGCUGCAUUAUCCAGGAAAGCGGUUUGUUAGACAGUUGGAUAAAGUGACCAGUGCCUUGGCUCAUGGUUCGGGUGUUCGCGUGGCGAGAACAUACCGCGCUGACCAAUAUAAUCGCUAUGUGACGGACAGAGACUUUACCGACUCUUGGUCACUCAGUAAUCUUGCUGCAUCGCUGGACUGUGUCAACUUGAAGAGUCUUCUUCAUUUGCUUGCAACGAAAGGCAGCUUCUUGAUUCCUGUGUCAACAACAAACAAACAAAUGCACAAAGAUCUUAUUUCUCAUGUGUCCGUGAUGGUGCUACUCAAUAACGGCUCAGAAAUAAAAAUAAUGUUCUUCAAUCCAAGUGGCAAAAAGUGUUCGUCCAAAUUCAUUGGCCGCGCCUUCAUCGAAGCUAUUCUGGAUGAGUCUAAGCCAUACCCUGAGUUGUACAACUUUUUCCAUCAACAAUGGCCGGAGAUACCUAAAGACUUUCAGCACCUGCUGCCGGACAGCGUACAACAUGGUGCAACUUUGUUCAGUGAAGCAUGCACGCACUUGUCUCGUUAUUUUAUCAACACCACUUUGGAAAAGGUUGUUUCUGGCCAAGAUAUACAAUUUGCCAUGCGUGACACAGCUGUCGAAAUCCAGCUGUUUGGUUGGCAGAUGAUUUACUCCCGUCAUACAACGUUGGAGAAGAGCAAUGCCCUGCGUAGCAAGAUUCAGAAGCGAAUUGGCUGCCACUACAUUCUAAAUUUGGCCACCGAUGUUAGUUCUGAGCCUUCAACAUUGAACCAAGUGGAUACUAACUACAUUGCUGCCAUGGAUCAUGAUCUCAUGGAUAACGACAACGACUUUGACGACUACGGAUAUAACUUCGACGAAUUCUUUAAUCCUUAUUCACCGCCUGGUAGUCCAUUCAACUGGUCGCAAGUCUACACACCACCUCAAUCGCCAGCCACACAAUCCGAUGAAACGCAGGAACCCAUGGAAGUUACUGUGGAAAACGUCCUGGAUGUUGAAGAAAAUGUUCAGGCAGGUGGUGCAGAGCCGAUGGAUGUCGACGUGCAAGAUAACGACGACGAUGUGGGAGAAGCUAUUGUUGCGAAUCAUGUUCCAUCCCAGGAAUCACUUAGCCAACCCGUUCAUGAUGUUAACGUUCCUGAGUCAGGCCAAUCCAUACCGUCGGAAUCAGACUGGUCCAAAGCUUUUACGCUCCAGAAGAUAAGUCACAAUCACAAUAAAAAGUUCAACCACCAUCAGUAUUUCUACAGCCUUAAGAUCAAAUCUUUGCCGCAAGAGUUUGAUACAGUAACUUCCCUAGAAGCAUUGCCUGAAGUGUUCAAAGCGGUGUGGAAAGCGUGUUCUAAAGAUUUUCAGCCGCACGACGCUGUGUGUAUAACACUGUUCACCCGGACUAUGGAAAAUCCAAUGCACUUGAGAAUGCAAUUCUUCAGUAACUUCAAUCCGCGCGAUUUGACUGAAAUGGUGAUGAAAAUAAACUCUGGCGGACUCUUCUGCAUUGACGAUUCUUUGCGACUCGUUAUUCAGCGUACGGUAAUCCCCGCCGGAGGUGCUCGUGUACGUAAGCAUAUUCACUCGACGCAUGAUCGGAAACGGUUUGCGCGUUCAAUUGUGCAAGUUGAUGUCGGUUAUAAUCUGUGUCUGCCAGCAUGCCUUGUGCUCGGAAGGUUCUAUCACGAUCCUGCAAAGAACAUACGAAACUGGAAGCAACUGACUGAUAAAAGAGAGAAGAAACUGCAAGAACUCGCAGCAAAACUAGUGGAAGAAGCUGGACUUACUGUCGGAACAAAGUUUUCCUUAAACGACAUUGAACGUUUCCAAACAACUGCCCUUAAAGAGUUCCAGAUCAAAGUUGUUGGAGCCGAGCAGGGGAACAUCAUAAUUGCCAGGUGUCCCGAAAGGCAAGGGAAGCUGGAAACCAUCUAUCUUCUGUACGAAAAUGGCCAUUUCGAUCUAAUAACCAGUCCAUCCGGGUUUCAUCGACGUGGGUAUUAUUGUGAGUUGUGUGACAAGGCUUAUGUUCAGAAAGAAAAGCAUCGAUGCCAAGGUAAAUGCACCAAAUGUUAUCGCCCAAGAGAGGUAUGCGUCGAGCCUGAAGAAACUAGCAGAAUCUUGUGCACAGAUUGCAAUCGUGAAUUCAAUAACAACAAGUGCUACGAUUUACAUAAGAAAGCACGCAAAAACGGUCGGCCAUACUGUACGGAAUUGUUCAUUUGCCCAAAUUGUGGAGUUUUUGUAAGUCUACUCAAUCGGAAAUUCAAGAAGCACGAAUGUGGUGAGAUGUUUUGCCAUCCAUGCCAGGAGUGGGUUGAUCAAGCCACGCACAAGUGCUAUCUUAAACCGUUGGAGCCUCGUGUCCAUGGAUCGAGUUCAAAUUACAUCUUUUUCGAUUAUGAAACUUACUUGGACGCAGAGGGAAUCCAUCGGCCUUGUUACGUCGUGGCACAAUACACUAGCGGAGAAGAGUUUCGCUUCCCUCCAGAUAAUGUGCCAAUGGGAGGUUACGACGUUCAGAAAGAGUUUGGCCAAUGGGUUUAUUCAGAGCAACAUCGUGGAUACACCUUGAUUGCGCACAACUUUCGCGGUUACGAUGGACACUUCUUACUUUCCUAUCUUCUGGAAAACAACCUCAAAGGCGUUGAAGUCAUACGACGUGGCAGUCAGCUUCUUGAUCUCCGUUAUCCAGCUCUAGAGAUAAAAGCGCGCGACACUCUCAACUUUGUUAUGACAAAACUUUCCAAUUUCCCAAAGGCUGUUGGCCUGACAGAGUGCGAAUCCAAAGGCGAUUUUCCUCAUCGCUUUAACAAGCCGGAAAACUGGGACAAAGUGCUUCCGUUUCCCGAUGUCGAUGAAUACAUGGUAGACGGGCUGAAGCGAGCGGACCGAAGAAAGUUUGAACAGUGGCACGCAGAGGAGAAGCAAAAGAAAGGUGUUUUCAAUUUCCGAGCGGAAAUGUCCGACUACUGUUCAAGGGACGUUACUAUACUGCGGAAAUGUGCUCUCCAAUUCCGUGAAAAUUUCAUCAACAUGACCAACGUCGAUCCGUUUCAAAACGUUACCAUAGCUUCUGCCUGUCAAACGUAUUACAAGACCAAGCUGUUAAAGGCUAAAGAAAUUGCCGUCAUAUCUGCGAAUGGCUACCAGCCGAAUCGAAAGACAAGUGCCGAAGCAACGCAGUGGCUUGAAUGGAUCAGCAUGAGUCAUCCAAACAUCGAGCACGGUAGGAACGGUAAAGAGCGGAAAAUCAAUCGCUACUUUGUGGAUGGAUUCGAUCCGGACACUAAAACAGUGUACGAGUACAACGGCUGCGUACAUCACGGACACCCAGAAUGCACCAACGAAGAUGACCGGGCACCGUUCUCCUUGAAGAAAAUGUCAGAAGUGUACGAGCAGUGGAUACGAAAGAAACUUUUUUUGGAAGGCAUGGGUUAUAAUGUGGAAGAGAAGUGGUCUUGCGAGUGGCUACGUGAAAGAAAAGAUCCGGAUAUACAGCAAUUCCUCUUGAACCAGAACCUACGUGAUCCACUGCAACCGCGUGAUGCCUUUAAAGGUGGCCGUACCAACGCUUCAUGUUUGUUCAGAGAAGUCCAAGAAGAUGAGCAAAUUCUACAUUACGACAUCGUUUCCUUGUACCCGUUUGUCAACAAGAAAGCGGAGUAUCCAAUCGGGCAUCCAAAGAUCAUCGUGACCAACUUUAAGCCCGUAACGGAAUAUUUUGGCCUGGUCAAAUGCAAAGUUCUUCCACCUGCAAGGAUUCGAUAUCCUGUGUUGCCUGCCACCUUCAACGGUAAGCUUGUGUUCACUUUGUGCCGGACUUGUGCUGAAAACGGAAUAAACGACUAUUGCUCGCAUUCCGAUGAGGAAAGAAGUUUUGAAGGAGUAUUUUGCACUCCGGAAUUGCACAUGGCGCUGCGACAGGGUUAUCAAGUGCAGGAAAUUUACGAAGUUUGGCAUUGGAACGAAAAGCGUGCGGGCCUAUUUCAAGAAUAUGUGGACAAAUUCUUGAAGGAGAAGUUGGAAAAGUUGCCUUGCGCGAUGGAAUUCUCCUAG